CAAACACCUCUAAACAACACCUGAACAAAGAAGACAACAUCUCCGACAAACACCUUCGGCCAACACCUGAACAAAGAAGACAACAUCUUCGACAUGGAGACCGUAAGAUUUCAUGACAAUAUUAGCCUAUCAUACAAACUUGUGUUACUGAUUUUCGUGAUGGUUAAGCGAUGCAUCGACAAGGAUUAAAUGUGUGCAUGGAUAUUUACAGUGUUUAUGACUUUAAUGUGACAGGUAUUAUCAAAACUAGAAAAAUUGCAUUUCCAUGCAGAAAAUGCGUGGAAGUGCUGAAAGCUUAAAAAGCUAUGCUAAACUGCUUAAAAAAAAAAAUGGAGGAAGGUUUAAAUGUAAAAUUGGUUAAAGAGCUGGAGAAAGAAAAGUAGAAGUUAGAUGAAAGUGAAAAUUGCUGAAGUACAAAUAGUAUGAAUCUGCUUCAUAAAUUAAAAUUGCAUUCAUGCUGAAUAAGGCUAGAAAAACUGUCUGAAAUUGCAAAAUAAAAAAUUGGAUAAGAAAGAAAAUUACCUUAAAACACAGAAAAGUAAGAAGUGGCAUAAGUUUAAGUUGGAGUACUAGAAGUAGUAUAAUAAUAGGUAGUUGUACUAGUGAUAUUAGUAGUCAUGUAAGCAGUAAAAGUAGUUUUAGAAUAGAAGAAGUAGAAGUCAAAGCAGUAGAGCUCAUGGUAGAAGUAAUAGAAGUAAAAAAAUAAAAAGAGAAGCAAGAGCAGUGGAGGUAAAGUAAAGUUAAAGUGAUAUCAGUAGUAAUUGUAGUGGUAGAACUGGGAUUUUGUUUAAAGAAUUAAAACAAACAUAAAUAAUGAGAAUGAUUUUGAAGUGGGAAAAAUUAAAAUAAUCAUUAGUCCUAAAGUGUUAAAUAGGUUUGAAGUAUCAGAAAGGUUUGAAUCAGUUUGAAUGAGUUUGGAUUUGUCUGACGAAUUUAAUAAUGCAUGAAUAAUGAGAAUAAUUUUAAAGUGGGGAAAAGUUUAAUAAAAAAAAUCCUGAGUACACCCCAUAAUGUCCUCAAUGAGCUGAAUUUUUGAAGCCCAGAAUGGUUUCUGUAGCUCAAAGUUUGUGGGUAAAGAUAGGUGGUGAUGCAGACACAUAUUAACUGUGUGUACAAGCAGGUCUUUUAGACACAGACACACACACACACACACAUUGUCAGACUGUGUGUGUGUGUGUCUCGUUAAUGAUUGCAUCCUAAACAGCUGUGAGAUCAAAGGCAUUAACUGACCUACGGUUUGAAUGAGAAGCUGCCUCUGGACUUCUUCACAUAGCACGAUUUCCUUAAAUCCCAGAAUGAAAAUAAAAUCCUCCGCCCUUCAUGAACACAAUGAUCUGUUUUUCAUGUCUGUACUCCAAAAAAUGUGGCCACAACAGCGAGUUAAAAGUCGAGACGUUCGGAUGGUUAUCUUAAAAGUGAUGCAUUGACAUCACAUGAAAGUCUUCCACCAUGUCAAAGACUCUUCGUGCUUAAGAGCAGAAAAGCUCAUGUUAUUGUGAAAAAUCUCUAUAAGAGAUUUUUUUAUGUCUUCUGGGCUAUUAAAAGUCGUCUGUCUGAAACUUAUUUGACAGUUUCUUUUACACUAACCAAUGCUUUCUUAUUUCUUCUUUAAAUCUGCACAGAAGAUUCAACCCACUCCUGUAAGUGGAGAAGCUCCGAGAAUUGCGGGCUCGAGCUUCAACACGAGGUAAGAAACACGUUUAACUUAUGAUGACAGUAAAAUGCAAACUCAAAUUUAUAGGGGUGUGAUAUUUAACAGUAGUUUACCAAUGUGUCUCUAAAACAGUCUUUUACCUCUUUUGCAUUUAAUAUGCAGAGUGUAACAUUUGAAACAUGACAGAGACCUCCCAGCAGAUUAUAAUCUGGGACAGUUCAGAGUUAAAUCUGUGACAGUGCCAGCAAAAAUCUAAAGAUUCGCAAAUUUAGGAUUUGAUUUUGGACUUACACUGUGUUUCAUACUCUUUUUGUCACAAGACAUGUAUUUAUGUUAUACAUUUCAGUGGUUAUUUUAACUGAAUAAGACAAUUCAAAGGCUUCACAUAAGACAUUUACUGAUCAAUUAAUCAGUCAGACAAAGGAAAUGUGUAAAAACACUAAAUGAAAUGAAAUGAAGUUUUAUCAUCGUUUGCUCUUACUGGGAGUCUCUAGUCAAAAAGUAGUAAAGUCAGGUAUGAUAGAUAAGAUACUCCUUUAUUAGUCCCACAAGGGGAAAUUCCCAGUAAGGGAAACAAAGACCAUUUUAAUUUACUGUGUUUGAAAUUGAAGGAAAAACAUGUUUUGUAUGAGGCCUUUCCCGGAUAAUAUGCAUUAAAAAAGCUUUGUUUUAAAAAUGCUGUGUCAACUUAAAGAGAUUCAGCACUUAGGUUUUUAAUGAAUAAGUGUGAACAAAGAGGGGGUUCAUUUAUCAAUAACAACAACACAAAAACAGGGAAUAACCUUCAGGUAUUUUAAAUCACUGUGAGUGUGCUGUAUUAUUUUUGAUACAUAAAGACACUUUUUCAGUUUGACUCUGAUACUUCCUCAAAGACCAUCCAGUGCGUGUUUAUUGUAUUUUAUCGUCUGAAUAUCACCAUGGUUUGAGUCUGUGUGACUGUCAUGUGUCUCUGCAGAUAUUUCUGUUUAUGGAUUUGUUUUGUUCAUUAAAAUAACCAACUUGUUAUUCUGUGUUGACCAGUGACACUGCGCCAGAGGCGUCUAGCGCAGAAAACCGCUGCCCAAAGUAUUUUUGGCUGCACAGGCUGUUUGGUCAACCUGUGGUAUGUUUCAGAGCUGUUAAAAUAAGAUCAUUUUAUAAGUGUGACAUUUAAAAUCAGACACUAAAAAUAUUUGACACAGUGGGUUUUCAUUUUUAUACUUCUUGUUACUCCACAGAGAAAAGUCAGAAGUCCAAUCAGCCAACAGCGGAGGUGAGUAAACUGCUCCAACAAUCAGCUGUUUAUUUGUGCAGCCACAAAAGCUUCUGAUAAAUGUUGACUAGUCACUGCAGACUCCUUUAAAAACAUCACUACAGGUUGUUAAAACAAAUGUCACCGCAAGGUAAUGGUGUGUGCUUGUGUCUGCAGAGAUGUCACCCCCAAUGGUCUGGCUGGCUCCACAGCACCCCCACCUGGGCAGAAAAUCAAGAAACCAAAGGAGAAGAAAUGGGGUUGUUCUUGGUUUUUGAAGUGCUGUAGUGUAAGUAAAGCAUAGGAAUACCAGUCUGGACUUCAGUGUUGUUAUAAGCAUUAGUUUUGGUUUAUCUUUCAGUUGAUUCUGUCACUGACAAAUCAAAAUUAUUUUUACUCCAUUAGAGAGAAAAGCGUGAGUCUCCUCUCUCUGAUCCUAAAGGUCAGCAAAAGCCUCCUAAGGAACUCCAGAGAAGGUAACAAACUCAUUUUGUUCACAGGAUGGAUCAAUUUUGGUGUCACCUGAUGAGUUAAAUCAUCACGUGACACAAAUCAGGUGUUAUCAAUUCUUUCUUAAAGCUCCCGUGAGGAAUUUUUGGUUUGUGUUGCUUCUUAUGCUUCUUUUCAUAACCUCACUUUCAAAUUGUGUUAAGUCUUGUUUUCAAACAAAAAAUCUCCCUGCUCAAUUUUAAAAGUCAUUGGUCAUCUUCACCUGAGAUAUUUUUGAAAAAGCCUUUUUAAAAAGCUUCAAUUUAGCUAAAUCAUCUGACACCUAUACCCCUGACAACAGUUUCUAACCUCACAAAUAACUUUGUAGAGAUGAACAAACCCUUCAAAGGUGGUCUGAUUUGCUUUUUAAGGCCACACAGAGGCAUCCCUAUCAAUAUCAGUCAGUUAUAAUCGGCUGAAAAUUCCCCACAGUAGCUUUAACAUGAAGUCACUUGUACAUGAAAAUCAGUAUAUCUGCUAAAUAUGUCCUGACACAUUAUUUUUUUCCCCUUGAAACACACUCACAGUCUGUUCCUCAGUCUAUGAAUCAUUUAUUUAUAUAUUAAGAAGCGCUGUAAUGCUGUAGAAUAGCCAACUUGAUUUUUUGACCUUGAAUUUAAAUGAAAAGAGCAGUUUAAUACACACUUUCUUUACCAGAUUUAAUGUGGAGGUUGAUAUCUCAAUAAAGAAAGUUAGGGUUUGAGUUAGCUUGAGGUUAUCGCUUUCACACCCUUUUUAACUUUAUGUUCUUACUUGGGACAUGUUUUGAUUGGCAUUGAAAGUCAAUAAGGAUUAUUGGCAGUGCUGGUAAUGUGAAUUAAAAACUCUGAGUGUUGUGUAUCAAUCAAUCAGAAUUGAUUCAAUACUAAAUCAAUACUGAUUUUUGCUAAAAUAACCUUCUUUUCCACGGAUGAGGUCAACUGUAAAAUAUGAUUCAGUACAAGUAGAUUACUAGCCCCACACACUUGUAGCUCUUUGCUGUUCAUUGUUAUUUACAGUUUGUUUUUGUCUCACUGCAGCACUGACGAGGUUUCUCAGAGCAGCGUGCCACAGAGCGAACCGACAGUCGCCUGUCAGCAGAUCAACCUUAGGUAAGUACACGUGAUUUUCUGGAUUCAUCACUUAAAUCCAUGCAGCUACAUUUUGAUAAAAAUAAUCCUCAGUUGUUUCCUGGUUUGGUUCAGAAAAGAUCGUGGCUUGGAUUAAAAUUCAACUGUGACCUUUACAUGCUCUCAUACAGCUUCAACAACAGAACCUGUGGUUCAAGCUACGAGUCAAACUUUUGACGUAAACUAAAAACUGAAAUACAAGAAAGAAAAGGAAUAAUGCAUCAAAAUUAACCCAAAGCUUUUUUGGGUCCUCAGGAUAUGAGAAAUAUUAAGCUUUUGUCUUUUUUUUUUUAAUGAAAAAUCUGGUUUAUUGUGUUAAUGAACUAGCAUUUAAUUAUUAAUUAUAAAUAAUAGGUAUUAAUAUACAGGACUGAAACUGAGGAAAAUAAUAAUAAUAAUAAAUUAUCGCUUUCAUCCCCUUUUUAACCUUAUAUUCUUACUUGGGACAUGUUUUGAUUGGCAUUGAAAGUCCAUAAGGAUUAUUGGCAGUGCUGGUAAUGUGAAUUAAAAACUCUGAGUGUUGUGUAUCAAUCAAUCAGUAUUGAUUCAAUACUAAAUCAAUACUGAUUUUUGCUAAAAUAACCUUCUUUUCCACGGAUGAGGUCAACUGUAAAAUAUGAUUCAGUACAAGUAGAUUACUAGCCCCACACACUUGUAGCUCUUUGCUGUUUAUUGUUAUUUACAGUUUGUUUUUGUCUCACUGCAGCAUUGACGAGGUUUCUCAGAGCAGCGUGCCACAGAGCGAACCGACAGUCGCCUGUCAGCAGAUCAACCUUAGGUGAGUACACGUGAUUUUCUGGAUUCAUCACUUAAAUCCAUGCAGCUACAUUUUGAUAAAAACAAUCCUCAGUUGUUUCCUGGUUUGGUUCAGAAAAGAUCGUGGCUUGGAUUAAAAUUCAACUGUGACCUUUACAUGCUCUCAUACAGCUUCAACAACAGAACCUGUGGUUCAAGCUACAAGUCAAACUUUUGACGUAAACUAAAAACUGAAAUACAAGAAAGAAAAGGAAUAAUGCAUCAAAAUUAAUGUUGCUAUUCAAAAUUGACCCAAAGCUUUUUUUGGUCCUCAGGAUAUGAGAAAUAUUAAGCUUUUGUCUUUUUUUUUGAAUGAAAAAUCUGGUUUAUUGUGUUAAUGAACUAGCAUUUAAUUAUUAAUUACAAAUAAUAGGUAUUAAUAUACAGGACUGAAACUGAGGAAAAGAUAAAAAUAAUUAAUUAAUAAUAAUAAUAAUAAUAAUAAUAAUAAAUUAUCGCUUUCAUCCCCUUUUAAACUUUAUGUUCUUACUUGGGACAUGUUUUGAUUGGCAUUGAAAGUCCAUAAGUAUUAUUGGCAGUGCUGGUAAUGUGAAUUAAAAACUCUGAGUGUUGUGUUGGUCAAAUCUCGUCUCCUUAAAUUCAAUCCCACUUCGAUCUCAAUACUGAUUUUUGCUAAAAUAACCUUCUUUUCCACGGAUGAGGUCAAUUGUAAAAUAUGAUUCAGUACAAGUAGAUUACUAGCCCCACACACUUGUAGCUCUUCGCUGUUCAUUGUUAUUUACAGUUUGUUUUUGUCUCAAUGCAGCACUGAGGAGGUUUCUCAGAGAAGAGUGCCACAGAGCGAACCGAGAUUCACCUGUCAGCAGGUCAACCUUGGGUGAGUACACGUGAUUUUCUGGAUUCAUCACUUAAAUCCAUGCAGCUACAUUUUGAUAAAAACAAUCCUCAGUUUGUGUCUGGAGCUGUGAUAUUAAGAUAUGAUUCCAUUUGUUGUGUUUGUGUGUCAGAUUUCCAAACCCAGCCCAGAUCUGCUACAUGAACUCCAGCCUCCAGAGCUUGCUUACGCUCACACGGUUUGUGAGGGACAUCAGGAGCCAGGAGGAGGUCUGGAGUCUGAUCCCAGAGGCCCAGCUGAUGAGGUGUAGUAUCUGUAAACACAUACACACACACACACACACACACACACACACACACACACACACACACACACACACACACACACAGUUAACUGUUUAAUAUAAGUGUAAAAGAUGACUAAAGUAGAGGGUUAGGUUGUUUUAUGCCAGACUGCAUGACUAAGAGAGGUACACACAGCAGAUAACAGCUAGCAUAGCUGUCUGCGGGAGUUCCUACGUUAAAGCAAAGCUAUGCACUGCAGAUGGGUCACAAGAAGCAACUUACACCACUUUGAGUCAAAAAUGUAUAUAUUUAUUUUUUUUUUAGAUUAUUAUAUAUCGCCUUCAAACACCUGAACUAUCCUUGAAUAAUUUCACACAAAACAUGCCAAGUACAAGGUUUACGUUGAGAAAUGGUCUCUGAUUUGUUAGUUUUGUACACCAACGUUUCCUGGUUUGGUUCAGAAAAGAUCGUGGCUUGGAUUAAAAUUCAACUGUGAUCUUUACAUGCUCUCAAACAGCUUCAACAACAGAACGUGUUGUUGAAGCUACGAGUCAAACUUUUGACGUAAACUAAAAACUGAAAUACAAGAAAGAAAAGGAAUAAUGCAUCAAAAUUAAUAUUGCUAUUCAAAAUUGACCCAAAGCUUUUUUUGGUCCCCAGGAUAUGAGAAAUAUUAAGCUUUUGCCUUUUUUUUUAAAUGAAAAAUCUGGUUUAUUGUGUUAAUGAACUAGCAUUUAAUUAUUAAUUAUUAACAAUAGGUAUUAAUUUACAGGACUGAAACUGAGGGAAAGAUAAAAAUAAUAAAUAAGAAAAACUUAUGAAAUAUAUCAAUGUCAGAUAAUUCAAAUGAAGUAUUGUAAUUAAAUGGGUUUUUAAAUCUGACUUAUUAAAAAAAAUUAACAUACCCCAAAUCAUUUUAACUGGUGAUCACAAAAAUGUCCCAAUAUGAGUUUGAUUGUUUUUUUUUAAUGUUAGCUCAUAGUGUAAAAUGUUGGAUAACAAUAUAUUUUUUUCAAUGCAUUGUAUAUGUAGACUCGCAUAGGGUUAAAAUUCUGGAAAUUGUUUAUCAUUUGAUAUUUAUAAACAGAGUUGAAGCUGAAGAAAUAAAUGUGAUUCAUUAUAAGUUGAAAACAAUAUUUAUGUAUAAUUUUAUGUCAGUUUUUGGCUUUGAACUUAUUUUUUGCCCUGUACUGUAAAAAGAGAUUUUUUUUAAAGUCUAAAAAUGAUUCAACAUUUAAUAUAGAUGAACAGUAAAUCUGCUUACAAGAUUUGACCCAUUAAAAGAAGAGAUAAUAUCCAUGUUAAACUAUUUCAUGACAGAUUUUUUGCCAAGGAUAAGUUAAUUUCAGGAUGUCAGGAACUUUUUGUUGCUGAGACAUGAGGCUUCAGUUUAUCCGCAAAUCUUUAAAUCAAACUAAAACAAGCUCCUCUCUGUUCCUCUGCAGUUAUUUCAUGGACAUUGUUCGUCUUCGUGACGUGGGUGACAUGCGCCGCAAACUUGAGGCUCUGUAUAAAUUUAAGAGGCUUCUGUCUAUCGAGGCCCCAGAGUUUGUGGACCACCAUCAGAAAGUAAGUCAGCUUGUUUUCUUUAAAGUUUCACUAACUGCUCCUUGUCUGCUUAUCCAAUCAAACCUGUGUUUCUGUUCGCUCAGGAUGCCCAUGAGUUUCUGACCGCAGUUCUGGGUCAGAUGAGGGACCUGGCUGCGCCACUGAGGCAAGUUGCCUCUAUCCUGGGGAGGUACUACAGAUGUCCUGUGGAGCAGAACCUGGUGUUCAGGAUGCAGAACACAAGAAAAUGCAAGAGGUAAAAACAUACAGAUGGUUGCAGGACAAAUUUACCUCCAGUUUGACUAAUUUGUUUAAUUUUUUGCUCAUUUUGAUCAAGUCAGGUCAAAUCUACAGUAAUCUUUUCUUUUAUCUUUACAUUUUCUUUUCACAACAUGUAUAACUACAGUAUAUAAUCAUAUGUAUUGUCCUUUUAACGUGCAGUUGUGGCUCCGCCUCAGUGAGAGAGGAGGAAUUCCUGAAUCUCUCUCUGGACCUGAUUCCUGGGGGUUCAGUGCAGCAGAUGCUGCAGGAAUACGAGAAGGUAAAGAAGCUGGACUUCUUUAAUCAACAGCCACAUUGUCUGAUAUGAAGCCACUCAAAUGUUUCACUCUGCUGUUAUUUUUGGUUGUUGUUUUUCCAUGUUUACUGUACACAGUAUCUGACAGCAUGUUUUCUCUGCAGGCGACUGAUGUUGAUUUCUCUUGCGAGUGUGGAGGCAAAACAUCAGCACAGUGCUCCACCUUCACAACCCUGCCAAAGUGGGUGACGUUAUAUCCAUCCCAGACUCACUGUUUCCCUCUGUUGCAGACACAUGCACAGAUUAUUUUCUGUUAAUUUAUCCUCAGUAUUUUCAUGCUCAGAAAUUCCCUCAGUUUAAUAAUCCUGUGGUCAUUCCCUCUCUGCUGCUCUCCACAGUUUCUUGGUGCUCCAGAUUAAGAGGUUCCGUUUCACUGAGUCCUACGAGCUGGUGAAACAGCAUGACCCUGUGGACCUCACCAGGGAACUUAUCAUGACAUCUAGCCAGGUAAGACAUUUAUGCGCCAAAGUGUAAGAGUGUAGAAGUGUGUGUGUGUGUGUGUGUGUGUGUGUGUGUGUGUGUGUGUGUGUGUGUGUGUGUGUGUGUGUGUGUGUGUGUUUGUGUUUGUGUUUGUUUCUAACAGUUGUUCUGUGUGUUUGCUCUCAGGCUACGAGCUGGUACAGUCUGGUUAGUGUCAUCAGUCAUUUAGGCAGUGAAGGAAAUUCAGGUAAAAUAUUCACUCAGUGAGGGUCAGAUCAGUCAGUGCAGUCUUCUGUAAGGUCCUCAGAUACAUAACAGAUAGAUAAAUGCCAAUCAAAUGCUGGAAUGUUUAAAGUCUCAGGAAGAUCAAAUUAACAUUAGCCUUCAAACCAUGUCUUUGUAAGAAAGAUAAAACAUUACGAAGUAACUUUCAGCAUUCAGCAGAAAGUGCAGCCCGCUCUUGGAUCUUGGUAACAUUUUCCAUCAUUUUACUUUCAAAGAACUGCUGAACUCCUAAGAAUGUUUGAAGAAACUUGUUAUAAACCAAUUUUUAUGAUUUAUAAUCACAUAAUUUAACAUGUAAGCUAAAGCACCAGAAUUAGAAUUAGAAGUAUAAUUUUAUUUUUAGAAAUGCAGCCAAAUAAAAGUGAAAGUCGCGGGCACAAAAAAAAGUACAGUAAAGUACAGACACACACUAAAAUUAUACUCAAGUACUAUAUUUAAGUAAUGCUACGUACUUACUGUACAACACUGUUCUAGACUGUGCAAUUCAUUGUAUUAAAAAUUCAGAGAGCCUACUAACUGUUAAAGUUUAUGAAAUGACACAAAGCAGAACAACUUUUGAUGGUGAGAUCACCUGAUUUACUCUUUGACAGCUGAGAUCCCAGAGUCUGCUGUGUCUGCAGACAUGGGGUCACUCUCCAGAUUUGUCUUUAAGCCAUCAUGCAGCAUUACCUUGAAUGUUCAGAGAAAAUACUGAGACAUCUGAGAAAAUCUGUGUGAUCAGUUUUACAAGAGAAUAACUUUUUGACAUUAAGCCAAGUUGUGAAAUUAACUCUACUCUGGUUCUUUAGUCAAACCUGCUCUGCGCUCAUGUUAUGGUCCAGUGCUGGCCCCUGUGGCUGACUGCAAUAAUACUUAAUUGUCACUAUAAUGUACAAAUGUAGGCUGCUGUUAUUAAUCAAGAUUUCCUGCAGUGCAUUUUGACUAUUUCACCCUGACUUUCUUGGAGUUUUGAUCAAAUGUUUGCUCACAGUAACGGAUCAUUUUUAUUCCAUGACCGUCUUUACAUCAACACAUAAAACAAACAACAAACAUCACGAAAGACCCACAUGUUUAUGGCUAUAAUUCUGUUCAGCUGGGUUUAUCCAGAAAUCUUGUCUGAAAUUUGCUCCAACUUUUGAUGCACACUCUUCUUCCUCUCCUGUUAGGACACUACAUCAGUAGCGGGCUGCACCCUGAUGUGGCUCCUCAGACUGCCAGUGAUCUUUGGCUGAAUUAUAAUGACUCCAUGGUCACCUAUAUGACAAGAGAGGAUGUAUGCCAAAGAUCAGAGGAGUCAGCAUAUCUUCUCUUUUACGAGAAGAUGGUGAGAAAAAAUUGUUAAACAUAGAUUAUAAUUAAAUAAGCUGAAUUCUCCACAAACAGAGAUCAUUAACUGUCUUUAUGUUUGUUUUAGGAAUAACAUGCCAAAAUGAAUUUAAGAGUUUUUGACGGGGAGUCCUAAGUCAAAAACCAGUGAAGUCAGGUAAGAUAGAGAAAAUACUCCUUUAUUUGUCCCGCAAGGGGACAUUUCCAGUUUGGGAACCAAAGACCAUUUUAAUUUACUGUUUUUGCAUGAAUGAUUUUAAUUACAGAAAUGUGUUUAUGAAUUUGUCUUUUUUAAUUUUAAUUUUCUUUAACUGAAUUAUAUUCAUUAAUUUAUUUCAAAGAUGUGAAACCUUCCCCUGGAAAAAUCAUUUCUGCAGACUUCAGAUUUUAUAAUUUGUCGUUUUUUCUGUCUCAGGUCCGAGUGGAGCAGUACAGCCUCGUCCAGAACCAGGAUGAGUCCACUCCUUGGCUGUUACUGAGGAAGGUCCCACCGAUGGACGGCCCUCCACGUUCUCCUCCCCCAAGCUCAACCAGGCUCAACCAAGCUCAACCACUCCCUCUUUUUCCCCUGGGGGGGGGAAGGAAAGGAGGAAAAAGGUACUGGUUGCCCCUCUCUGUGCUCUUCUCCAGCCAGGUCACCGGGACCUACCCGCAGCCCCUUCCCCUGCCUCCCCCCUCUGCUCUGAUGUCAGAGGAGGAGCAGUGGCCAGGUUUGGAGCCUGAGGACCCAGAGGAGCUCUCCAGAUGGAGGAGACGGUGGAUGGCCCCACUGAGGACCACUCAGGAGGAACCUGCGCCCCCCUUCAUCCACCAAGCUCAUCUCCAAGGGUCCUUAGCCCAGGUGGAAGAAGAAUCUUCAGCGCGUCGUUAUGUGCUGUGUUACCUGGUAUUGUGAUGUGUUGUUUUCUUCUGUGUGUUGUGUCGUCGCGUGUGUUUGUGUUGUGAUGUGUUGUGUCACGUCCUUUCGCGUGACCUCUUAACUUGAUUUAAUCACUUAGUGGGUAAGUGAGUCUAAAGGUGAGUUUGGUUCCUCCAGAGUCAUUGUUAACAUGAAACAAAGUCAGUGUAGGACCCAUUUUCUUUUUGUUUUUUUUUAGGAAAAGGACCUCAAUUGAGAAGGAACCCCCAGAAGAGCCGAGCACGAGACAGAAGACGCAGGAGGACCAAACAUCCGAGAGACAGGCCCAUGAAGAGAGAGACGAGGAAAAUGGAUGUACUGUGUGUUUCUGGGAAUUUGAAGGUGAAUAACUCUAUAACUACUUAAAAGGUUCGGCUUUUAAGAAAAAAAUAGACAAUUUUAACUGAAGGGCUGAAAUUCAUGUUUGUUUCAGGUAACUUCAAAGAGUCAAAUGCCUGAAAUGACUCCAGAGGAGGCCAAAGACCAACUCCGUGAUGCAGAAGGAGAUUGGAUGAACAAGACAACAUGGAGAAGUAAAGUAAGUAAAGUUUGAUGAAUGUGUCAUGUUUCAUUAAACUGUUGUCUUUGUGUGCUGCUCUAUUGACCUGCAUUUUCUUCAUCUUUCAUCUCCUUAUAUUUAUCUCUGUACAAUAGAGACACGCAAGAAUGAGAGUGAAGAUGAUGAGCAGCCGAAAGAAGAAGAGAAGAUGAGAACAGCAGCAAAGAUGGUGAACAUGGACAAGAGUUUCAGAGCAUGAAGGUACACUGAGUGCAUCCUCUGCUCUUUUCUUUCAGAAUGUAAUCACUUCUUAAAGAUUGGUCUCUACAUACUUUGGUGGAUAUCUGUUAAAGGAUAUUGUAUUUUAAUAUUUUUGUCUUUUCAUUAUAGUUUAACAAGUGUAAGAGUGGCCUCCUAACGCAGCAGUUAUCCAGCUGGUGACUGAAAUGGACAAGAAACUCUGGAAGGAGAACAGCCAUGUUGGCACAGAGGCUGCACCAAAUUUUGCACAUGCAAAUAAAUUGUGAUAUUAUUGUUUAAACCAUGUCUUAAGUUGUGUUUUCAAAAGAUGAAAGUUCUUGAACCCUUUGCACACACUUACAGCCUGUCUCCUCAUAGCAUAUUAAAUUAUUUGUAUUGUUUACCAUAUAAUGUGUGCAGAGAAGAAGAAAACAAGACUUCAGAAAAACACAAGAUUUGUGAAAUACUAAGACUGAUGAGGCUGUAAAACCAAGUUCUUAAAUACAAACUGAUUUAUUCUCAAGUGGUUUGUUACAGCCACUAGAGGAUGCUUUAUGUUUAGUGCCGAGUAUGCUUUUAAACAGUCUUUAUUAUUAUGUCAGCACUGUAGGUCAGCUCAGGUGAAAAGAAAAACUCGUCAUAGUUCUCAG